AUGAAGGUCCGCCCUCCCGCCAAAAGUCGUCCUUCGACCCACCAAAAGUCGUUCCCAGACCCACCAAAAGUCGUCCUCAGACCCACCAAAAGUCGUCAUUCGACCCAUCAAAAGUCGUCCUCAGACCCAUCAAAAGUCGUCCUCAGACCCACCAAAAGUCGUCCUCCUCGACCCACCAAAAGUCGUCCUCAACCAAUAGUCGUCCUCCGACCCACCAAAGUCCGUCCUCCCAGUCUACCCAAAAGUCGUCCUAAGAACACAGUCGUUCCUUUCCAAAAUAAAACCCACCCAAAAGUCGCCCCUAGACCCACCAAAAGUCCCUUAAGACCACCAAAAGUUCGCCUCUUCGACCCCCCAAAAUCGUCUUCGACCCCCCAAAGUCGUCUCCGACCCACCAAAAGUCGUCCUCAGUCCCACCAAAAGUCGUCCCCUAGAACCCACCAGUCCACCCUCAGCACCAAGUCGUCCUCAAGACCACCAAAAACGUCGUCCUCAUACCCCCACAAACGUCCGUCCUCAUCCACCAAAAAGUCGUCCUCAGUCCGCCCCACCCAAAUCCGUCCUCAUACCCACCAAAAAGUCGUCCUCAGACUCCACCAAAAGUCGUCCCUCCAGACCCACCAAAAUUCCCCCAGACCCACCAAAACCCACCACCAAAAGUCGUUCUUCGACCCACCAAAAGUCGUCCUCCGACCCACCAAAAGUCGUCCUCAGUCCCACCAAAAGUCGUCCUCAGUCCCACCAAAAGUCGGCCCCUCUACCCACCAAACCAAAGUCACCCUCAAGACCACCAAAAGUCGUCUCAGACCACCAAACCGUCGUCCUCACCACCCACCAAACGUCGUCCCCUCAGACCCUACCACCCCCAAAAGUCUUAAGUUCCCCACCAGUCCAAAGUCACCGGUCGCCCCUUAG